AUGGGCAUUAGGAAACCAUUGCACCCUCAGCAACGAGGUUCUAAUAAGGCAUACUUAGCUCCUAGUUGUUUUACUAUGACUAAAGACAAUAAAGAUGUGUUCUUAAAAGUUUUGAUGCAAGUAAAGGUUCCAGAUGGUUAUGCUUCUAAUAUUUCUCGACAUGUACACAUGAAGGAGCGGAGUAUUUGGGGUCUUAAGAGUCAUGAUCAUCAUAUAUUAAUGCAACAAUUACUUCCUAUAGCAGCACGCAGAGCAUUGCCUAAGAAUGUUGUUGAAGCAUUGAUUGAGUUCACUAAUUUCUUCAGACAACUUUGCUCGAAAGUGAACGUGCAGUCUGAUCUGGAACAUAUUCAAGAGCGAAUUGUGCAUACACUUUGCCAUUUUGAGAAGAUUUUUCCAAUGUCUUUCUUUGACGUAAUGGAACAUUUGCCUAUCCAUCUAGCUGAGGAAGCAUUGGUUGCUGGGGCUGUCCAAUUUAGAUGGAUGUAUCCUAUUGAGAGGUACUUAUUAACACUGAAGUGUUAUGUGCGUAAUCGUGCGCAUCCUGAGGCCUCCAUUGCCAAGGGUCGCUUAAUGGAAGAAUGCAUGACUUUUUGUGCCCGAUAUUUGAAUGAAGUAGAAACAAAGCUUACUCGUCCAGCUCGUAAUGAUGAUGGUGGUAGUGACUAUGGUCGUCCGCUCACCAAAGGAGUUAAAAUACGUCUAGAUGAAGUUACAUGGACACAAGUACAUAGGCACGUGCUAGUCAACACAGAUGCUAUCACACCAUUUCGAAACCAACACCUUGAAAUACUUGCAUUGGAAAUGCCUCGUAAAACAAGUCAUUAUAUCAGAAGAGUUCACACUGAGACAUUUCACAUAUGGUUUAAAAAUUAUGUUGAUACACAGCGGCUAACUAAUAAUGAAGUAUUUUCUGAAGACAUCAUCACUUUGGCUAAUGGUCCUGACCAAUUUGCACGAAGAUAUAAAGGUUAUGUCAUUAAUGGCUCCAAAUUUCGUACGAAAGAAAGCGAAAAAAGUAGAACCACUCAAAAUUCUGGUGUUGUAUCGAAAGCAGACACUAUGAGCUAUGCUACUGUUAAGGACAAAAGGCCUUGCUCAGGUGAUGUCACCUAUUAUGGAGUGUUGAAAGAUGUGGUUGAAAUCCGAUAUACCAAUGCCUUGAAAUUUGUUUUGUUCAAGUGCGAUUGGGUUGAUGCAAUUGGUGGAAUGAAAGAAGAUGAGUUUAGAUUCACAUUAGUGAAUUUUAAUCAUCUGUUAUACAAAGAUAAUGUUGUAGGGGACGAGCCUUUCAUUUUAGCACGAGAUGCAAAGCAAGUUUGUUACAUACAGGAUCCAAUUGAUUCAGAUUGGCAUGUUGUUGUUAAUGUGACUGUAAGAGAUAUAUUUGAUAUGCGUUCAAAGGAUUCUUCCCACACCCCAACAAUAGUGCCUCAAGUAGAGCUCUAUGCACCCCAACAAUUGGAUGAAACUGUAUUUAUGAAUGAUGAAGAUGUUGGCUGGGUCAGGGAAGGAGUGGAUGGAGCAACCGUAGACACAAAUGUUGAAGAAGUUGAUGAUCCUCCUGAAAAUGAGAUGGAAGAAUGA